UCCAAAUCUGUGGUGCAUAGAAACUGAAUGCUGCUUCUCCUCGUCUGGUUCAUGUGCUUGUCAUCAUCCUGGGAUAUUUAAUGUUCUGUGCAGAGAGCUAAUAAUUAGUCACUCACAUGAGUCAUAGAAUAUUUAGUAGAUUAUUAUAGGCGCCAUGUUUUCUCACUGUGCAGAGAUUUGACCAGUUGAAAUGCCUUUUGCGGCUCUGCCUAUAAAUCUUCAAAGUUAAUUAAUAAACAAAAAUUAGUAAAUAUAACUUAAUACAAGGAGAUAAACUUGCGUACACAAUCUGACAUAUUUGAAUGAAUGAAGGUCGGUAUGUUAAUUAUCUCCUUUUGACUUUAAUACUUUUUUUUUCCUUCACUUCUUCAGUUUAAAGCCUCUGGAUAUUGAAUUCAUGAAGAGGCUCCACGACAAAGUCAACGUCAUUCCUCUUAUUGCGAAAGCAGACACACUGACCCCCGAGGAGUGUCAGCUGUUUAAGAAGCAGAUCAUGAAAGAGAUUCAGGAGCACAAAAUAAAGAUUUAUGAGUUCCCCGACACMGAGGACGACGAGGACAACAAGCUCAUCCGAAAGAUCAAGGUAAUUGUUAUUAUAGGGUCAUUAUUGCAUAUCACUGCAACUUCUGAUACAACUUUUUAAAUUUAGUAGCACCAUGGUGACAAAAAUAUGUUAAG